UGUACUCAUCCAGUUUGCAUGUAGUUCAUUCCUGUACUUUUCUCCGAAUCAAACGAGCUCUUUCAAAGCAUCGUGUAAGUUAGUAAGUAAGAAUCUAGUGGCCUAAAAACUCCCAAUUUAAAGCUUAGCGGAAUUAAUUUGGCUUUAUGUUUAAGGUUCGCAAGCUUACCUAACUUAGUUUAGUUUAGCUUAACUUGCUAACUCAGACACGUUAACGCAUUCCGUGGAAGAUGAGGAGAGGAAACCCAGGUUACGACGAACAAUUAAAAAACGAAAAGGAAAUGAGGUGUCCCACAGAUGUCGCUGUAGAAGAUCUUAUACCUGAAAAACACGAUCCCCUCCACGUUAAACAGGAGUCUGAGUCGGAGAUGCCGUACAUCAAACAGGAGGCGGAGCCAGAGAUCCCCAGCAUUAAAGAAGAAGAACAGGAAGACGAAAUCACCACAUUUCCAUUGAUUGUCAUUGUCAAGAGUGAGGAAAAUGACGGUCCAAACGAAGAGAGCGGAGCAGCGAAACCUUCGAGCAACAGCUCCUUUCAGCACCUCACAACAAAAGGACAAAGACGAUCGCACCCGGACGGACUCUUAGCUCCGCUUUCGGACAGCGACGACGUAACGUCCCACUCUUCUGACUUUAACACUGAUGAGGAGGAUAAUGACUUUGACCAAAAUGCUUCGAAAUCCUUAAAGAAGUCAUCAAUGAAAAAGGACACCAAAAAAUGCACGGUUGGGAAACCUUUUUCUUGCUCACUCUGUAAUCAAAGAUUUUCUUGGAAGGCUCAUUUAGAAAAGCAUCAGCGUACACACACUGGAGAAAAGCCUUUUGUCUGCACAUUUUGUGGUAAAAGAUUCGCCGAGAAGGGAAAUUUAAACAAACACGCAAGCACACACACUGGAGAGAAGCCUUACACCUGCUCUUUAUGUGAGAAAAGAUUUUGUCAGAAGCAACAGUUGACAAGACACAUGCAAACACAUACUGGAGAGAAGCCUUACGCCUGCUCCGUAUGUGAGAAAAGAUUUUUUCGGAAGUAUCGGUUGACGAGACAUAUGCGUAUGAUACACACUGGAGAAAAACCUUUUGUCUGCACACAUUGUGGUAAACGAUUCCCCGAAAAGGGAGAAUUAAACAAACACGCAAGCACACACACUGAAGAGAAGCCUUUUGCCUGCACACUUUGCAAUAAAAGAUUUUCUCAGAAAAUUAAUUUAGAGCUACAUAAGCGCACACACACUACAGAGAAGCCUUUUCCCUGCUCCUUUUGUGAGAAAAGAUUUUGUUGGAAGUAUCAGUUGACGAGACAUAUGCGUAAACACUCUGGUGAAAAGCCUUAUCUCUGCACAUGUUGUGGUAAACGAUUCACUGAAAAGGGAGUAUUGAACAAACACACAAGCACACACACUGGAGAGAAGCCUUUUACCUGCACACUUUGCGAUAAAAGAUUUUCUCAGAAAAUUAAUUUAGAACUGCAUAAGCGCACACACACUAGAGAGAAGCCUUUCACAUGUACACUUUGCGAUAAAAGAUUUUCUCAGAAGACCAAUUUAGAAAAACAUAAGCGCACACACACUCGAGAGAAGCCAUUCACCUGCACAAUUUGCGAUAAAAGAUUUUCUCAGAAAAUUAAUUUAGAAAUACAUAAGCGCACGCACACCAGAGAGAAGCCUUUCACCUGCACACUUUGCGAUAAAAGAUUUUCUCAGAAAAUUAAUUUAGAAAAGCAUCAGAGUACGCACACUAGAGACAAGGUUUUUGUCUACACGUGUUGUGGUAAAAGAUUCACUGAGAAGGAACAUUUUGAUGAACACACAAGCACCCACAUUGGAGAAAGGCCUUUUGUCUGCACAUGUUGUGGUCAACGAUUCACCCAGAAAGGAAAUUUAAAGAAACACAUGAGCACACACACCGGAGAAAAGCCUUUUCACUGCUCACUUUGUGGUAAACAAUUCCGUCAGAAGACUGAUUUAGAAAAGCAUAAGCCUACACACACAGGAGAGAAGCCUUUCGCCUGCUCCUUUUGUGAGAAAAGGUUUUCUCGGAAGGAUCGGUUAAAAAUGCAUUCAAGGAUACACACUGGGGAAAGGCCUUUUUCUUGCGCACUUUGUGGUUUGAGAUACGCUGAGGAGCAACAUUUAGUGUUACACACUAGAAGCCACACUGGGGAAUUAUCAUGAAAAAUAUAGGGCUGUCAAACGAUGAAAAAUUUUAAUUGCAUUAAUCCCAGCUUAAAAAUUAAUGAAUCGUAAUUAAUCGCAAUUCAAACCAUCUCUAAAAUAUGCCAUAUUUUUCUGUGAAUUAUUGUUGGAAUGGAGAGAUAAGACACAAGACGGGCAUAAACAUUCAACAUACUGUACAUAAGUACUGUAUUUGUUUAUUAUAACAAUAAAUCCACAAGAGGGCAUUAACAUUAUUAAUCUUUCUGUUAAAGGGAUCCGCGGAUAGAAAGACUUGUAGUUCUUAAAAGAUCAUUUGAGUACAAGUUUUAGUAAUUUUAUUUUAAAACCCCUCUUAAUAUUUUCGUUUUAAUAAAAUUUGUAAAAUUUUAUAUCAAAAAAUAAACUAACAGCUAGCCAUUGUUGACAUUGUUGAGCGGUGACGUCACAUCGGGCUCCCUGCUGUUCUUCCACAGUGUCUUUAACUACGUAUGGUAGUGAUUGAAAUGCACCACAAGGUGUCAAUGGCGAGUUUAAAAUUAAUUAGAGAUCUAGCUAAGGCAAAGUCUGAGUAAGUUUUAUGUGUAUUUUGCAUAGCUAUUUUGAUUGGGAAUGCCAGUUCUCUUUGCCUUGAACGUUUUUCUUUUUGUGAACAUUAUUUUUUUUGAGACAUCGGAUUAUUUUGGUUGUGCUUUCAAUAAAUGAUACUGUAGCGACUUAACUGUUCCGCCCAAAAGCAUGAUGGGAAGUUGGGCAACCAUGACUGUCAGGGGUGGCUUCAAAUUGUAUGCAGUACGUUCUGCGUUGUGUUCAAUUAGGCAUGUUAAGUAAAAGAUCGUCUCUUCCUCCGUCCAAAAGGAUGAUGGGAAGUUGGGCAACCAUUACUGUCAGUGCUGGCGGCAAAUGGUAUGCAGUACGUUCUGCGUUGUGUUCAAUUAGGCGUGCUAAGUAAAAGAUCGUCUCUUGCUCCGUCCAAAAGGAUGAUGGGAAGUUGGGCGACCAUUACUGGUAGUAGUAGGUGCCAAAGCUAAAGCCAAUAAAAGGCGCGGUCCAAUGAACGCCUGUAUCCACUCGCAUUUCUCUGCCUUUUCGCUCUCAAUGUGCUAAAACGGCGUCAUUGUAAACUGUUUGAGGCAACGCAUGAACGGUCAUUCCGUGCAUGUGUUAAAUGCGUUAAAUAUUUUAACGUGAUUAAUUAUAAAAAAUGUAUUACCGCCCGUUAACGCGAUAAAUUUGACAGCCCUAGAAAAAUAGUGUCUUAUUCAUACAACGAACGAAUUUUGUUAUAGUGAUUUACAAGAAUAUGCAGGAAAAUGAACUCCCCGCCUCUCCUGCUUUUUGACCAAUGAGCUGACGGAACAAUGACAAUACCAAAUCCCACUCAUUUCAUUGGUCGUGGUACUGUCGCUUGUCAUAAUGAUAACGGAACAGAAAGAGUGUGGGAGAUGAGAGGUUUGAGUGACGCUUGGAGUAAAAAGCAUGUUCAAAAUAAUGAUCAUUUGUUUUCUUGUUCUUCUCUGUGUACAUUGUUUUCACUAAUUGUAUUUUUGUAUUCUGUCAAGUUCAUUUGUAUUUCCACAUGAUAUCUGGAGUGAUCAUUUGCGAAAAUAUUGCUGAGGGGACUUUAAAUGCACCUAAGUUGUUGGGGGAGGGGGGUACUUCAGUUUAUGUUUGCAGAUUUUUAAAAGUAUAAAUAUUUUUAAAAUUGCCAAAAAAUAAACAACACAUAAGGGCUCAGGACCUGAAGGGUUAAAUUAUAGUUUUAAAUUCAACAGUUGUUUUUAUUCUAGCAUUUUUGUAUUAAAAUACAUUACUGCAUUUUUUUGUUUUUUCCAUGCGCUUUCAUCACUUAAACAUCCACCUAAAUCAGGUUUGAGUGAAAUUAAUAUAAUUUUAAUCAGUAAUCAGUUUAUAUUUGCAGUUUUUCCAAAUGUAUAUUUUAAAAUUGCCAAAAACACACACACUCACACACAAAGGCUCAGUACCUUAAGGGUUAAAUUACACCGUUUUAUAUUUAACAGGAGAGAUGUUUUUGUUUGAGUAUUUCUUGUAUUAAAAUACAUUGCUGGCCAUUUUUGUUUUUCCAUGCGCUUUCAUCACCUAAACAUGCACCUAAAUCAGGUUUGAGUGAAAUUAGUAUAAUUUUAAUCAGUAUUUAACCCUUUCUUGCCAAAUGUAUCACCUUUGAUACACUUAGAAUUUCAUGAUUUUGAAAUAUUUUUCCUCAAAAAAAAAAAAAAUGGAUGCAAGUCAACUCAUGCAUCUGCAGUUUCCAUGAGGGAAAAAAACAGGAUUUAGCAACGGUUAUAGAUAUUAGAGCGCUUAUUACACAUAUAUAUUUUUUCUCUUUUACAAAUUUGAAAAAAAGGUUUCAUUAAGACCAUAUUUUUUACAUUUUGCGAUUCUCUGACAAUUGCUUCAUAUUGCAUGCAUUAAAGGGUUAAAAAAAAUCACUUUUCACAUACAAAAAAAUAAAUACAGAGUGACGGUUAUAUUUACCCAUUCCGUCCCACAGCUCUGGAACUCUAAACUCUGGUACUCAAUGUAGCUCUUUCCCACUUUUUUAAUCCGGGCUCAAACCAUAUCUGGAUAAAUGAUCAUAUCCUGCUUGAUCAUCUGGUCUGUUUUAUGAUAUGACUUCUUUCCUGUUACUUUGAUUUACUUUGAUUUUGCUUUUGACCAUACUAUUUGUAGUUUUUGUAAACUCUGUUGUCAUGGCUCCUUGAGUGUCUUGAAACGUGCUUUGAA